CUUCUGAAGUGCCCUCAGCCAGGCUUUAAGGAAGAAAAUGGAGUCUUGUCUCAUGAAAUUCUGCAGACUACUUUGCCUAGCACUGACUUUGCCCUUGCACCUCUUGGCGAUCACAGGCCUGUACAAACGCUGGUUUCCCUCGCUCGCCUACAACAUUACAAUUUCGUACAACGAGAAAAUGCACAAAACGAAGCGAGACCUUUUCCGAAACGUGGGCAAAUUUGCAGACAGCGACGGGGCACUUCGCCUGCUGGAGAUCGGCUGUGGCAGCGGCGCCAACUUCAAGUUCUACCCGUACGGCUGCACGGUGAUCUGCACUGACCCCAACCCGCACUUCGACAAGUACCUGCGGAGGAGCAUGGACGCGAGUAAGCAUUUGACCUACGACAAGUUUAUGGUCGUGUCUGGAGAGGACAUGAAGGAGGUGAAGGACGAGUCCGUGGACGUCGUUGUCUGCACCCUGGUUCUCUGCUCUGUCAGAGAUGUGCAGCGGGUGCUGCAGGAGGUCCGGCGCAUCCUCAAAACAGGUGGAGCCUUUUACUUUUUGGAACACGUUGUCUCAGACCCAUCCUCCUGGACAUAUUUCUUUCAGCAUGUGCUUGAACCUCUGUGGUACCAUCUUGGGGAUGGAUGCAUGAUUACCAGAGCAACCUGGAAAGAUUUAGAGGCCGCUGGUUUCUCUGAACUUCACCUCAAACAAAUUGAGGCUCCUGAGGUUAGUUUAAUGAUAAGGCCACAUAUCAUGGGAUAUUCCAUUAAAUAACUGCUAAUCGCUAAACCAUACCUUAUAUACUUACACAUUUACACUUUGUCACCAUAGACCUCAUGGAACAUGUUCAUUGGUCCACCACCAACAUUUAUUUCGAGAUACAAACACUGCAGGUUUCACAUAAUUUAAUGUCAAAUCAAAUCAAUCUGUAUGCACAUUAAAAGUCUUAAAUUCACCAAUAUAUUUGAGAAUAAAAGAAAAAUUAUAUAUAGUGGCCAAAGGGCAAAUAAAACACUGCAUGGGAUGACAUUGUGCACACCCCUGUAGGUGUAUGAGAUCUGUUUUGAUUUACAAUGAACAGAACUACAUUAGCCACACUACAUAUUUUGAGUGAAAAUAUAUUUAUUUUCUUACAGAAUCAGCAACAUUUCAUACACGGUUUGUUCUUCUUCCCCACCCCUCCCAAGAUGUACAUAAUAAAUAUUACCUGGACACUGUGCUUUUUCCCUGAUUGUCUAAGUAACUGCCAAGA